AUGCUAAGUUCCUCCCCUGUUCCUUUUCAGCCCAGGUCUCGGGACAGAUGCCACACGCUGGUUCCUAGGAGUACGCCUAUAACUGGCCAUAGCAAAGUUCACCCGAGGCGAUCGAUACGCCAACAGCAGCUGCAGCAAAAGUACCACAAGCACGGCACAGAAGAAUUCGCAAUGGCUCCACGUGUGCAUUUUAUCACAGGCAAUGCGAACAAGCUAAGCGAGGUGAAAGCUAUUCUUGAGCCCGAAAUUGAAGUACAAAGUCUUUCCAUCGAUUUGGAAGAGGUACAAGGCUCGGUGGAGGAAGUAACUCUGUCAAAAUGUCAGAGAGCAGCAGAUAUAGUUGAUGGGCCUGUAUUGGUGGAAGAUACCGCGUUGUGCUUCAAUGCAUUGGGUGGCCUGCCUGGGGUUUACAUCAAGUGCUGCCUACUCAGACAAGUCUGCUGA